AUUAUAAGUGAGGGAGAAAGGCUUUACUGUGUGCACUUACCUGUGGGUAGCAAAGACAGCGUUAUGAAAUGCGGCACUGGUGACAUGACGUGGUUGAAUAGUUGCAUGCCCGCUCCGGAGGCUGCACAGCAGUGAAACCCGAGCCCGGCCUGAUGCCCGGUGACGUCGCCCCGCCGUCGGCUCUGGAGGUGGUGCGCUUCCUCGGCCAAACCUUUGGCGCAGGCGCGGCACUGACAGCUGCUGUCUACUUGCUCCGCAAAGUCUGUCUAAUAAUGGCCUGGAAAUCUGGAGGAACCAGUCACGCAGAGCUUGUUAACAACCUCCGCAAAAAUGGCAUUAUUAAGUCGGACAAGGUUUACGAAGUCAUGUUGGCAACAGACCGGGCGCAUUUCUCUAGGUGUAACCCCUACAUGGACUCUCCACAGUCGAUAGGCUAUCAAGCGACCAUUAGUGCUCCACAUAUGCAUGCCUACGCCUUGGAGUUGCUUCAUGACCAGCUGUACGAGGGAGCCAAGGCCCUAGACGUUGGAUCUGGUAGUGGCAUUUUAUCAGUGUGCUUUGCACGAAUGGUAGGUGCUAAAGGGAAAGUUAUAGGCAUCGAUCACAUUAAAGAGCUGGUAGAUGAUUCGAUAAAUAAUGUGAAGAAAGAUGACCCUAGUUUGUUAACAUCAGGAAGAAUCAAGCUAGAAGUGGGAGAUGGUCGUAUGGGCUGUCCUGAGGAGGCGCCAUUUGAUGCCAUCCAUGUUGGAGCAGCAGCGCCCAAUGUUCCCCAAGCUCUCUUGGACCAGUUAAAACCGGGUGGGCGGCUGAUUCUGCCUGUGGGACCAGCCGGAGGGAACCAGAUGCUGGAGCAGUACGAUAAGCUGGAGGAUGGCAGCACCAAAAUGAAGCCCCUGAUGGGCGUGAUUUAUGUGCCUUUAACAGACAAAGACAAGCAGUGGUCCAGGGAUGAACUUUGAAGAAACCCAUGGCAGUCCAUGACUUUGAAGGUAGAAAACUUCGAGACGGAGAGAAACUCGUCAUUUUGUUCAAACCAUAACUAAACCACAGUUUUUGUUCAACUAAGGACUCAGAGAAUCACACGGAUGAUUUAUGCUCUAUGCUGGACGAAUCGGCAGCAAAGAGAGACUGCUUUCAGCUUGGCACUGACAUAGCAAGAUAGAGGAAUUUUGUAUUUAAUUUUCAGGCUUGCAUUUUUUUUUUUUUUUUUGGGUUAUGUAUUCUUAAACUGCUGGACUUUUUGUGGUCUUCAUGAAUUGCAGUGGGCCAUUUUGACAGUAUUACAUUUCAGCAGCAUCAGAGCUGAAUGUAGGAGCAGCGCUUGGACACAGACAAGAGACGCCUGAGCCUUUUAGAUGAAAAACUCCUGUUUGUGAGUGUGCGUUGUAUAGUAUUUUAGCGUUCUAAUAUGAGCUUUCCCAGCAGUAUUAGCAUCACACAGAAGCUGAAAUAACCAUACAUACAGUUUGCAGUGCAACACCCCAUCACCAAGGCCCUGUACUACAAAGAACAGUUUAGUGGACAUUGCGGCUCUCCAAUUUUAGGGACACUACAUUAAAAUAUGGAUGCACACUACUUACUUGGCUUAUUGUCAAAUGAUUGUUUGCAUGCAUAACAAGUGCAUUCAUCUGUGAAAUAUUUGAAGCAUUUAAGUUUCUAUGUACACUAAAGGCAUGCAAGUACUACUGAAAUAUUCCAGUUUCCAUAGUAUUGCAGUCUUCUGGAGGGAGCUGUAUAAGGCUUUUCCCAAACUCCUGUCUGGUCAGUCAGACCCACUCACUUUGUUUGAAAAGUGAUUAGGAAACUUCUUCCAUUCAUGUCUUCCACUUAAGCUUUAUUAAAUGUUCUAUGAAAUGCUCUGCUACAGCUUUGUACUUUUGCCUUCUAGUUUUAGUUUUAUCUGUUCAAAAAUAAUCUGACCUCUGCAAAUGGCCACUGGACAUUCUACAUAUGAACAGUCAAAAUAUGAUACUACCAAAUUAGACCUAAUUGUAGGGCCCCAAUCAACUAACUGUGUUAAAGGUGUAGGUUACAUUUUAUAGGAAAGGGAAAAUUAAAGAUCACACUAAUAUACUGCUUUGUAGUACGGGGUUAUGAAGCCACACAUGUAUUUGAUCCAAAGAUGUCUGCCCACCUGCACCAGAACCACACUCUGGGCUGAGCUAUCCACUGCUGUGUGCUGCUGGCUUUCACAUUAAUAACAGUUUGUGACAGACACUGAACUAAAGCUAGAGGCACUGCUUUGCCAAAACAAGUCAAUAUCAAGCAAAAAUGAAUGUCUCUUUUUGUUGGGAAAGAAAACAUCAUAAAUUCAAAAAGCACAUUUGAUUUGGGUGAUGAAAGUGUGGGAUGAUGUUUGUCUUUCAUAGUGUGGAAUGGCUUGAGAAAAUAAAGAAAUACUUACAUUUUG